ACGGCGAUUAUACAAUGCUGAAUGGAUUAAAAGUUAAUUGCAAUGUAAACUACACGUUAAGAUGGUUUAAUUUCGACGUAGUAUAAACCGAAUUCGAUUUAUGUAUUCGUAGAUUUAUUUCUUCAUCAUGUGUCGAAACCAGCGGAUUUUAUUCAGCGGAGUUCUUCUCGCGCUCGUCUUCCUGUUUGUCCUUUAUCACAUAAAAUAUGAUUCCUGGAGUAAAACCUCUCUUCAGAUACUCAGCUUCUCCAAAGCCACAAGUUGCAACAGUGAACCAGAGACCCAAAGUCACCCCAAACCAAAUAUAGGGCCGUUCCCUAGUGAAAAUUCUUUAUCCUGUACCUGCCAAAAAACUGAGCCAGCAAACCGUUUUGUGUCAAAGGAUGAACUAGAAGAUCUUCAGAAACGUAGAGCAGAAGAAUACAGACAACACCAGAUCAGGAUGGGUAAACAAAAUGAUGUUCUUGUUCUUGCCCCUCCCAAUACUCCGCUCCAGUAUCCCAUCAAAGGAUUCAGAGUCACUCCAUUAAAUAAAACGCUCAUUCCUGGUCUAGCUCUGCAAACACAAAACCGAACAAUUUACAAGGUGUCACUGAGGGUAAAGAAAGGUCUGCUGUCUGUAAUGAAUGUUAAGGAGGAUGAGAUUGUUUUGGGCCAGAAUGAGGGAUUUCUGACAAUAUCAUCCGACAGCCUUGAACAGAUCAAUAAACUGCUGAGCAGAGUGACCUACACCAGCACCAUCUACCACAUCAAGACUGAAGAUCUUGCUUACUUAUCUUUUGAGAACCAUGAGGUCAUAUUCCCCAUUGAGAUCAGACGUCUAUCAGUUCCUAUUCUUUACAACCCAGGGAAAGAUAUAAACUCUCAGGUGACUAUACUGGUUAAGGCAUUCUUGAGAUAUGAAGAACUAAAGGUUCUCAUCCAGAGUGUUCGUGUAAACUACCCAAGCAUAAAGAUCAUUGUAGCAGAUGACAGUCUUAACCCAGAAAAGGUUGUUGGUGAUAAUAUUGAGCAUUACAUUAUGCCUCCAGCACAGGGUUGGUUUGCUGGCAGAAAUCUGGCAGUCUCACAAGUCACAACAAAAUACUUCUUAUGGGUAGAUGAUGAUUUUCUGUUUUUGAAUGAAACCCGUAUAGAGAGAUUUUUGGAGAUCAUGGAAGCCAAUCCUGAAUUAGAUGUGGUUGGUGGUGAAGUUGAUGGAAAUCAUUUUUCCUUUAAAUUGCAAUAUGACGAAGGGAACAGCGAGGAAGGUGGCUGCAUCACACGUAUCAGAGGUACUCACACACCCCUGCCGGGGUUUAAUGGAUGCUUCUACACCGACGGAGUUGUCAACUUCUUUUUGGGUCGAACGGAUGCCGUGCGAAAAGUCGGAUUUGACCCAUUUCUCAAACGGGUGGCUCACACUGAGUUCUUCAUUGAUGGACUGGGAGAUUUGUUAGUCGUCACCUGCAGCGGUCUUAAGAUCGGCCAUCAAAAACGCAAGAACACAGGCAAUUAUAACAGCUACAGGCAUCCGGGACAAAAUGACGGACACAUGAAAACAAGUCAUCAUUUUUUUAAGAAUCAUCUAAAAUGUAUCAAGUAUUAAGGAGCAUCACAGCACCCUCACAUACAGCAGUAAAGCAACAUUAUUGGUGAAUACAUUUAUUUGUAAUUUUUUAAUGUAC